CUUACACAGAGUACACAGUCGAUACGUUGUGGAAAGUUAUGGGGUCUUUCCCCUCAUGAAUUGCAACUUUUCGCACAGAUUUCGCCAUGUCACGUUUCGGCUCUUUCAUAAUUGUUUCACGCUCGCAGCAAACUAUGUUUUCGCGUUUAUUCUUUAUGCCAUGAUUUUUUUAGAUCGAAAAUCAACAUCAUGACGCUUUGUGCAUUUUUUUUGUGAAGUAAGCAUGUACUUUAUUUCCACUUUUAAAUAUAUAAACCUUGAUAUACGAAUGGGAUUUGAAGAGAACGAGGACGUUUCCAUCGCGUUUCACCAAACUCCCUUCAGUGGCCAUGACCUCAUCUGGUUCCUGGUUUGAGUCUGCGGGUAACACAGAGAUGCUCUCCAUCACCUGCGGACACAUUCCUUACGUUCCUGCACCGGCCGGUGAAUGACAUCGAACCCAAAACUGUCUCCUCAAAGAAGGAACGUCCUCCCAAAGCCCCAACACCUCCCUUUUCUCAUCCCUUUGUGAUCUUUAUUUAAACCAUCGUGGCCCUAACACAGCACAUGCUUUAUGGACUGCUCUGUGUUGUGGUGUAACAAACCUUAUUUUUUACCUUUUUAUAUUUUUAACCCAUUAGUGGCGCCCUUUAGCACUCUCUUGUCCAAAAAGAGAGUGGGGCCCUCAGUAUGCACAAGUUGAAAGGAGGGCCCGGUCCUCCCGUCCAGGAUAUAUAUGAGUUCUCCUUGGAUGAGGAGGACCCCAAAGUUUUUCUUGGGGCCAGAAGCGCAAGGGUGGUGUCUCCUGCGGCCGCCUACAUCAGGUCUGAGCAUGAGCAAGCGGGUCUCUUCUCCCUGCCGCAAAUGGAGGGUGAGGAACUCAUGGAACCUGUUGUACCACAGAAGAAGAAGAGGAAGAGAUGUGGUGUGUGUGGACCUUGCACGAGAAAGGAGAACUGUGGUACCUGCGCCAACUGCCUGAAUAGAAAGAUAGGGCACCAGAUCUGCAAAUUGCGAAAGUGUGAUGAGCUGAAGAGGAGGAAAAACCCUUGGGAGGUGGAAUAUUUUGAAGACGUAAAAGCUCGGUCCGUCACCCCAAACCUGGCAAAAGAGACUGUUUCUGCGGUGGGUUCAGUGGAUGGCCCCAAAGGAAGAGGCCAGAUGGAAGUCGGGUCCCAUGACCGCCUGGAAGAAGGCGUGUUAAACCAGGAACUGUCUAAUGGGAUAAGCAAACUUGCAGCAAAUGAAGAAAAUUCUUGUGAUGAAGAAGCAGGUUGUGUGGCCAGGGAGCACCACCAGAACAGCUACCACAAGGGAGCUGGAUGUAUUUCCCAGACAGCAGGUUGGGGACCUGAGCACACUGGGAAGUCCAAUUCUGAAUCUCAUCAGGCUACUUGGAGCGGCCCAAACCCUAGCACACCAGUAAAUGAUGUGGAUAUGGAGGAUGCAAGAACCCUGGUUGCCUUUUCUGCUACUGUGGGCUCACUACCCCCCUUCAGCAACCAUGAACCUUCUCAAACUCCACCAACUCAGCUAUAUGAGCGGUUUAACCAGGAGAUGUCUAAUGGAAGUGAGGAGGCCAGGCAAAAAAGUGUGGAUGCUGAGGUUUGUCCCCCUGAAGAUCUUAACACACUUCAGGCUGCACUGAGCAAAGCACGUCAUGGUCACAAGCCCCCUAACUGUGACUGUGAUGGCCCAGACUGCCCUGACUACCUGGAGUGGCUAGAGAAGCAGAUCAAAAUGGUGGCUAACUGUCAAGACAAAGGGUACUAUAAGGUUUCUGGUGGUCCUCCACAGCCACAUCUACAGCAUCGUCAUGGUCUGUCCCAACCUCAGCAAUGUAGUAGUAACCCUCUGUGUGUGCAAGACAUAAAUCCACUACCCCCUGUUAACCAGCACUCGGCUCCUAGACCCUUUGGCCCACCAGCACCUAUUCCCUGCUCCCCUAGUGUUUUGUCUAUAGCCAAGGAGAGAAAUGUUAGCUUGCAAACAGCCAUUGCAAUUGAGGCCCUGACCCAGUUGUCUGCCACUAUCCCACAAACUGUUGUUCCCCCAGCUGAGUCUUCACCUGCAAAUCACCAUCAGCCAACCUCCUACAACCAGAGUAUACCCCAAUUGGUCUCUUCAUCCGCUGGCUCUCUUUUAUCUUCCUCUGCAAUGCCAAAGUCUAACUCUCCUGGAAAUUACUCUCACCAUAAGCCAUCAUCAUGGGAGCAGCAGCGGCCUCAAUCUCAGGGUGAGGCCCCUGCAUCUAGCCCAUCUCACUAUGCUUCCCAAUACCCAACCUCCAAGUCACCCUUUACAAGCAUCCACCCCUCAAACCCUAACUCCCGACCCCAGCAGUGGCAUCCGGGCACGGUCGGAAGCUGUGAGAAAAACUCCCCUCGUAACCCAUGGAUGAUGGUGAACUCAGAGUCCCAGCCCCGUUUUGUAAACCCAUCCCACAGCAGCAGUGACCCAGUAUCCGAGCUAAAGCAGCUUCUUGGUGACACUGGCGGAAAGUACACCAACACAGCCUUUCGGUUCCCAUUUCCCCACCUAAGCUUACAGGAUGGUCGCAAAGGCAGCCUAACAGGGGUGCCUCACAUCAAGCAGGAAGUGAACACAAAUGAGUACCCUGGUUCAGGGUGUGCAGCCAUAAGGCAAGAAGGCAUGAUGAAUGGACAACAGCAGUUCCAGGUUCAACAGGUUUCUCCCACCAUUAGGCACUCAACUCAGGCAGCACUACAGCAGCACCUUCAUCAUAAACGCAACCUUUUCUCUAACUCUCCAGGCUUCAGUCCAUUAGGCCCCAUGGCUUGUCAGAACCUCCGUAAAUGGUGGCCACAGCCUCUUCCAGAGAGUGCUGUAACCAUCAAACAGGAGCACAAGGAACCUAAAAAGAGAAAGUCCGCUCAAAGUUCUCCUCUUCUCAAGCAGACAGUAGGUGGGCUUUUUAAUCCGCUUGGUCCACCUCUCCCAAAACCUAAGCAGAUUGUAAUCAAGAAACAAAAACAGAAAGCCUCCCAACCAACCUUCCUCCCACAUAGCCAGAUUACAGUUUCUAAACAGCCCGUCAUCACCCCAGGAUAUGUACCUUCCCUGUCCCAGGUUGUUCCAUCUCUACCAGGCAAGGAAGCUGGGCUUCCCCCCUCUCAGGUGGUUGAGAGCCACCCAGCUCCAGCCCAAUCUCAGGAAUCCAUUUUGAAUAGCAGUAGUGCAUCCAUCUCUGAAAACAUACAAUCUUCUACUCCUGCGUCUGCCCUAGUAACAUCGACCCAAAAGAUGAUAGCUUGUUCAGGCCCAGAGGGGUCAAAUAAAAAUGUCCCAGCAACUAGUCUCACACCUCAUACCUCUACAAUGCAGUCAACUCCCUCUCUGACUGGACUUGGUAAUUUAGAUCCAAAAUUUGAAGAGCUGAUUCGCCAGUUUGAGGAGGAGUUUGGGGAUAGCAUUUCCUCAGCUCCUUCCAUAGACAGUGCAGGCUCUACUCAGUCAGUGGUGACCGAGUCACAAGCAAACUCGCUCUCAGGACAAGCCAGACCCCAGUCACCUGCCUCAAAGCAGCCAAAUAACUGCCCCCCUGUUCAUACAUCUGAAUCUGUGCCCAUGGAUGAAGGUCAAAAAGAUUUGGCUGAGAGAGUUGAUAAAGAAAACCCGGUACCAUUUGAGAAGCUCUGUACUGUUAAACAAGAAAGUGAGGAAUGUGAGGUGAAUGUAAAACCUACGGGCCAGCUCCUGUCUAUGGCCCAGGAGGCAAUUUCGGAACAACAGCAUCCCUUCAUCCCACCUUUCACCCCAAAUAAACGCAUAAAGAUUGAGUCAUCUGGUGGUGUGACGGUGCUCUCCACAACGGCAUCUUUUUCUGCAGAUGGUGAGGGAGAGGAAUUAAAUACUCCCUCAAAGGAUACAUUUCCUUCUUCCCCUUCACUUAAGGGUUUUCUUGAGUCACCCUUGCGCUACCUGGACACUCCCACCAAGAACCUGCUGGAUACACCUGGGAAAGAUGCCCAGUCUGAGUUUCCCACAUGUGACUGUGUGGGUCAAAUCACAGAGAAGGAUGACGGUCCAUAUUACAAUCAUUUGGGAUCUGGACCAACUCUGGCUUCUGUCAGAGAACUGAUGGAAAAUAGGUAUGGAGAGAAGGGCGAGGCUAUUCGUAUUGAGAAGGUGGUUUACACUGGACGAGAGGGAAAGAGCUCUCAGGGAUGUCCUAUUGCUAAGUGGGUGAUUCGUCGGAGCAGUGAAGCAGAGAAAUUGUUAUGUGUGGUAAAGCAGAGAGCUGGGCACCACUGUGACAAUACAGUCAUCAUUGUCGUCAUCCUGGCCUGGGAAGGUGUGCCGCGUGCUCUGGGAGAUAAACUCUACCAAGAACUCACAGAAACAAUCAUCAAAUAUGGCAACCCCACCAGCCGCCGUUGUGGACUCAAUGACGAUCGAACCUGUGCAUGCCAAGGGAAGGACAAUGACAAAUGUGGAGCUUCAUUCUCGUUUGGCUGCUCCUGGAGCAUGUACUUCAAUGGAUGCAAGUACGCGCGAAGUAAAAACGCUCGCAAGUUUAGACUGCAGGGAGACCACCCCAAAGAGGAGGACGAACUCAGGGAUAACUUUCAAAAUCUGGCCACUCAUGUGGCCCCUCUUUAUAAGCAGCUGGCUCCCCAAGCGUACACUAACCAGUGCGCAUAUGAGAAAGUUGCUCCAGACUGUCGAUUAGGUUUAACAGAAGGAAGACCAUUUUCAGGAGUCACUGCUUGCAUGGAUUUUUGUGCCCAUGCUCAUAAAGACCAGCAUAACCUCCAAAACGGCUGUACUGUGGUGUGCACUCUAACAAAAGAGGACAAUCGCUCCGUAGGCACGAUCCCGGACGACGAACAGCUGCAUGUGCUUCCACUCUACAAGGUCUCUCUAACCGAUGAAUUUGGUAGUGAAGAGAACCAGCGCCUCAAAAUGAAGACCGGAGCCAUCCAGAUGCUCGCUAACUUCCGUCGAGAGGUUAGAAAACUUCCAGAGCCUGCUAAAUCCUGCCGCCAGCGUCGGUUGGAGGCCAAAAAGGCAGCAUCAGAGAAGAAGAAUAAGAAAUUGCAGCUUUCAGAAACCCCAGAGAAGACUGUAAAGAUGGAGAUGAAUCACACAGCGUCACCACACCCUCAGCAAGGCAAUAAAGCUAUUCCAAAACAGGAGGUGAAGCCCACCAUCAAAAAAGAGCCUGUCGACCGCUUCCAGCCCUUCAAUGGAGCCAUACAUGGCCAUCCAGCACUAGGAAACGGCAAGACAACCCCUGAUCCCCACAGCAUGAACAGUUCGUUCCCAUACCCUUGUAACUAUGCAAGAGGUCACAUCCCCACCAACAGUCAACACCCUGCACAGAGCCCCAUCAAUGGCUUUCACCCUAAUCUCCAAGAUAGACUCUACGAUUACUACCACUACCCUUCCAAUGCACUUUUUCCCCCUGAGCUCUUGAAUUAUGGUAAGGGAGCCUGGCCCAAAGCUGGUGAACUCCCUGCUACAUCAUUUGACCAGAAGCCAGAUGUUCAGUUUCUCCAAGCCAAGCUGGCACAGGCCUAUGCCAACCGUCCAAGCCAGUCACAACAACAAAUGGCUGAUUCAUCCAUUCAAGGCUACACAAACCCAUCUGAGGUAUCACAGUCUCCUUUACCACCCAGUCAUACUCCAUCAAUGUUGCAUGAGCAGAAAAACCGCUCGACACCCAUCAUCAAACAGGAGCCCAUGGAUGUGCCACUGUAUGAUGGCAGAUCAGACGGUCAGGUUCAGAGCUGUCCUGGCACUCCCAGUACCACACCAAAACCAGAAGGCUGGCAUGGACAUAAACCAAAUGGCAGCCUAGUCCCCAAAGGCUGGGAUGGAAACAUGAGACCCAAUCCUACUGAUUUGGCCUUUACUCCAGACAAGCAGAGGCUCCACCAGCAACACCCACACCAAAACGUACACCCUCAGUAUCCACAGCAGCAACAGUGGAACUCUUAUAGCACUCCAAUGAAAUCCCCUGCUCCAUCUCCCUCCCCAUCCCUUAUAGCAGAAGCUUCCCCUGCUCCCUCUCCGCAUCCAUUUACCCCAAGACAAUGGGAUAGCCCUGCCUCUAGUCCACAACCUAAGGCAUGGGGUCCUUACGGUCCCGUAGGUUAUGGGCCUGGUGGUAUUCGGCAAGGCAACCCUGUUGGUGCGUUCCCUGACAAAAUGCUAUCCCAGGCCGGUGGAAAUUGUGGCUCUGCUCCUCUGGGACUUCAAGAGAAAGCCUGGAAAUCUGGUGGUGGAUCAGCAGCAGGAAGCACACCUUCUCCGGCUCCUGAGGGUCGACUUUUCCCUGAUGCACUGCAAAGGUCGACUGGGCAGGCAUGCUGGGACAGCGAGUCAGAGACCCAGAGUCAACAUGACCCUGAUGAUGAAGAGGUGUGGUCAGACAGUGAACACAACUUCUUGGAUCCCAACAUUGGAGGAGUAGCAGUGGCCCCUGCUCAUGGCUCAAUCUUGAUUGAAUGUGCCCGUCGGGAGCUCCAUGCCACCACACCACUUAAAAAGCCUGACCGUUCCCACCCCAGCCGUAUUUCCCUGGUCUUCUACCAGCACAAGAACCUGAACCAGCCCUGCCACGGCCUGGCUUUGUGGGAGGCCAAGAUGAAACUCCUGGCUGAACGAGCAAGACAACGGCAGCAAGAAGCAGCUCUUUUGGGUCUCUCACAGGAAGAAAUAAAGGCCUAUGGAAAGAAGCGCAAGUGGGCGACUGAAUCAGCAAGCCCGCUCCCUGGACAGGCAAAGGACAAACGAGAGGGUGCCGUGACACGAAUGGCAUCCACGCAGCAUACCACCACCAUAGUGACUGUUUCACCCUACCCGUCCACACACAUCACUGGCCCUUACAGUCGAUUUGUGUGAAUUCUUAUAAACCAUUGCCCCCUGGACCCAGAGAUGGAAAAAGAAAUGAUAAGAAUCAUGAAUCGUACUUCUUUUCCAUUUGCUUCCCCGCUUCUAGCUCUAACACCUCUUUCAGGCUACCACAGGUGAGAAAGAAUAGAGGAAGGGGCACUUUUUCAUUUUUUUCUUUUACCUCAAAUUUUGGCAGCAGUUUGGGAACACCCUAAACGGACACGCUGUCUAUGGUGCUCUUGCUCUCUCCAACGUAGGAGGGAUUUCCAUAGCUACCCCUCCUUAGGUGAAUUUGAUGAUCCUAAUUAUUAUUGCUCUAUUAUCAAUAUUAUUACGAUUGCUAUUGUUACUGUCAUGGUUGAUUUUACAGGUAUUGUUAUAUUAUGAAGAUGACUAUUUUUUAUUUUAAUGUUAUUUUUUUUCAUCGUUAUUAAUAUUAUGAUUUUUUUUCUCCUCUUUUGACUAAGAGGGACUUUCUUUUUUAUUCUCACAUGUUUGUUAUGAACAUAAGAACGAGCUAAUCAGCAUUUUUUUCUGUUGCGCUAUUCGCCUUUCCACCCAUCAACCUCUCUCUUAAAAAUAUCGCCUUCAUCGUUGUGAGACACAUUGAUGCGGCUGCGUUAAGGCAACUAGAGUAUUUCCUUACUCUAGUCACUGAUCAUGUGACCAUUUUUAGAAAGAAAGGACCGACACCAGUUCGGGCCUUUCUUUUUGGUGCCACUCCAAUGAAAUAUGUAAGGUUUCUCAUCCCUUGGAAUGGUGCUUAUUUCUGUCUCUAGGGUCUCUAAGUUUGCCCUCACAAUAUCGAGGCAGAUGCUGGACCUGGGUGCUUAUAGCAGCAGAUGUCAAUCAUGUUUAAUGACAGUGACCUCCCAGUCCUGGUAAAUUUGCUCAGCCUUCCAUAUUGUCAUCUGACUGGUGCUGACUCAUUCGCCUGUGGUGCUUUUUCACUGGCCAUUCUUCACUACCCAUAUAACAUUUGAGGUGCUGGUAACGGUAACAAAAAUCCACUUUAAUAAAAUCUGCCCUACAGAGCUGCAGAUAACCCAUAACAGGUCUUAAGAUGAUUUUCAACAAUCCAUUCUCUGCUCAGAAUUCUAAAAUCUUUAGACAUUUUGUCGAUUGUCUUGAAAUUGUAAGACAUUUACAUUUAGUGCAGAGACCUUGAGGUGCUGUAGGUAAGAAAAAGGUUUUCGAAUGAAUGACUUGCCAUCACAGAUGAGUAUAUGAAACAUUUGCUAAAUGUGUCUUCCAUGACCUGAGUGAUCUACAGCUACCCAUCUGUGAUGUGAAGGUUUUGUUCUUUUCUUAAAACAGUUUCUUACCUACUGCCUGUUAAACUCACCAGCCUAACGGACAGAGCACAUUUCUAGGAGUUGGUGCUACCAAGAGCUCCAGUAAAGUUGCCCCUCAUGUAAUAAGCAGCCCUCUUCUCACACCUGAAAUUCAUGGUGCUUAAUGGCAAUGCAUAGCUUCAGCUCAAUUGUUUGUGUGAGUGUAUAAGUGAGAUAAAGUGUGUGGAUUCGCGAACAUACACGGGUUACUAUGUUUGUACGUGUGCCUGUAUGAAUGCCUCUGUGUGUGCUUGAGUUACAUGUAGGGAGCAAUGCAGGGCUACCACUGGUUUACACAGGGCUGUAAGAUGCUUGACUCCCUCAUAGAGGAAAGAUCCUGGUGCUCGUAAAGUGGUCCUAAAGCUCUUUACCUCGUGUUGUACUAACACUGGUCCCAGUCCACAACUUGCUCCAUAUACAAAUGCGCUACAGUCUGCAGGCUUGCUACCUACAUCCACAUUCGUACCUACUUUUUUAUUAUUAUUUAUUACAUGAUAAUGAUGAUGAUUAUUUUAAUUGUGAUUGCUGUCAUUUUUUUGUUGUUGCUCAUUUUAGAGAAUUUGUAAAUAUUGAAGAGAGGAUUUUAUAAAAGCACUUUUAAUCUUGAUUUUAACACGGAGAAAAAAUGAUAAGAACGAAUUAUUGACAACUUGAAACCUAGUUUUUGUUUUAAUGGAAUUUUAUUGGGAGAGAUAGAAAUGUAAAUAGUUAAAUAUUUAGGUAAGAUUAUUUAACUGGUGAGGGAUGAUGGCCUAAUCAUGAAUGAUUCCUGAAUUUUUAGUCUUCAGUAGUCUGUAUGUCACGCCGUCUACAACAGAGCACAAAGCACGAUGCUUUGUCGGUCUAUUCAAGAUACUGCUGUCCUUCUUUUGUGAGUACUGUACUUACACCGAUACCUCUGUACUACCACCGGCUUUCUACCCCACCACAUCUGUAAACCGUAAACUAAUGGACAACAAAGAAACGAAGUGUGAACCUGUUGACUAAUACUAGCAAGCUCGCAAGGAUUCAGGACUCAAAGGGAGUGGAAGUGCAUCACUUUUACGUGAAAUUUGCCCAUAGAAGUGUAAACUUGCAUCUUGAAAUGUGACAGCCUCCAGUUCAGAACUCUUGGUAGAUCAUGUAAACGUUUUGGUUUAUUUUAUAAAAUAUCAUGUGGGGUGAGUCUUGCAUAGCUCAUAAGGCUGCACUGACAUUCUUGGAGAUGUAAGACUUGAUCCUGAAGCUACAUUUCUUAAGACUCGGGUUUAAUUUUAUUCAUCCUAAAUGGCUUUUUAAACCAUGGUGCUACCCUCUAGAGUUCACUGUAGAAACGACUCAUAGCAAACACUGUUGCUAAAGAUUUUUUGGGCUCUUAAAUUGUGAUGUGAACUCGUUUUGAGAGUAUAGGAAACCUUUAUGGUGCUGAUCGUUUUUAAAUCUUUUUACUUCCGAGACAUUUCUGACGAUUGCAAAUGAAAACAAAGCACUCCAAUUGACCCGGUUGCCCUUUUUAGUCAUCACCUUAGACAACUGAAAUGGUACUUGAUGUGCACGAUAGCAGGUAGAGGAAUAGGUACUCUCUCAUGCUUUUGAUGUGAAUAGACUGUUAAUUUAAUAUUCUGGUGCUACCUGAACUGCCCACAGGUCUGAUUAUACUCAUUUUGAAGUUUUAUACAUUUCGUCAUUUUCUUAGUUACACUCAUUGUUUAUUCACACUUACCUUUUGACCACACUGUCACACAAACAUAUACAAAUACACAAUACAGACACGUUCAAAUACACGCACUACUCUGUGCCCCCUCUAGAAGUACUCGCUGUUAAGAGUAUCAUGCCUAGUUUUUAAACAUAAAAGGAUAAAAUGUCUAAACUAAAAUAAAAAAAAGAGAAACUGGCAGCUACAUUCCUUUAUGAGUUAAAGAUUGUUCUUGGUUCUAUUUUUUAUGUUGAGUAUGCAGUAUGUAAAAAGUGUUAUCUUUUGUUUGGUCUCUCUCCUUGUAGCUGUAUGGUGUAUUAUGUGAAUACAUAGUGUAUGUGGUAAGACCCACAAUACUGUUUUAUGUUCUAAACUAAGAAAAAAAAUAAAAAAUUCAAAGAGCUA